AUGUUGUCUUCGAUACUCAAACUCAAGUCAGCAACAAGACUCGGACUACGUGCAUUUUCGAUAUCACGAUCCGCGCUUGCUGAGCCCAGUCCUCGGCGAAAGCUUCAUAAGAUUGAACAAGAAGUGGACGAUAAUGAUUUCUACGUUCUCAAGAAAAGGGGCAAUCUAUCAGAUGAGCUUCCAGACGAAAAGGAGGGAAAUGGAGCGUUUAAGUCCACUAUCAAUUUAGAGGUGAAUUCCGCCAUGGGAAACUACUCACAAUUCAUAGAUGAAGCCCCACAGUGGGACACAUGGGACUUGGCCAACGAGGAUUCGCCAGAUUACCUUGCCCGGAAGAAGAAAAUUAGACAUUUCACUUUAAAUUUCGGUCCUCAGCAUCCUGCCGCUCAUGGUGUGUUGAGAUUGAUCUUGGAAUUGCAUGGUGAAGAGGUGGUUAGGGCAGAUCCUCAUGUUGGUUUGUUGCAUAGAGGUACGGAGAAGUUGAUCGAGUCCAAGACUUAUAUGCAGGCUUUGCCCUAUUUUGACCGUUUAGACUAUUGUUCCAUGAUGACCAAUGAGCAAGUUUUCUCAUUGGCCGUUGAGAAGUUGUUGAACAUCGAGGUUCCUAUCAGAGGCAAGUAUAUCCGUACCCUUUUCGGAGAGAUUACCCGUGUUUUAAAUCAUUUGAUGUCUAUUUUGUCUCAUGCCAUGGAUGUCGGUGCGUUGACUCCUUUCUUGUGGGGUUUUGAGGAAAGAGAGAAAUUGAUGGAGUUCUACGAGCGUGUUAGCGGCGCUAGAAUGCACGCUGCUUAUGUAAGACCCGGUGGUGUGGCACAGGACAUUCCAAUCGGUUUGUUGGAUGAUAUCUAUAUGUGGGCUACUCAGUUUGGCGAUAGACUCGACGAAACUGAGGAAUUGCUUACUGAUAAUCGUAUCUGGAAACAAAGAACUGUGAAUAUUGGUGUUCUUUCGGCGGAGGAUGCCUUAGCUUAUGGUCUGUCUGGUGUCAUGUUGCGAGGUUCCGGUGUGCCCUACGAUAUCAGAAAAGCCCAGCCUUACGACGCCUACGACAAGGUGGACUUUGAUAUUCCUGUCGGUACUAAAGGUGACUGCUAUGAUCGUUAUUUGAUCAGAAUGGCGGAGUUCAGACAAUCACUACGUAUCAUUGAGCAGUGCAUCAACGAGAUGCCUGCAGGACCCGUCAAAGUGGAAGAUUUCAAGAUUUCUCCACCUUCUAAAGAGUUGAUGAAAAAUGAUAUGGAGGCUUUGAUCCACCAUUUCUUGCUCUUCACGAAGGGCUAUCAAGUGCCCCAGGGGGAGACCUACACUGCCAUCGAAGCUCCAAAGGGUGAAAUGGGUGUCUAUGUUAUAAGUGAUGGCUCUGAGAGGCCCUACAAGUGCAAGAUUAGAACUCCUGGUUUUGCUAACUUGGGUGCCUUUGACCAUCUUUGCAAGGGCUAUUUAAUUCCUGACGCUGUUGCUAUCAUCGGUACCUUGGAUUUGGUGUUUGGUGAAGUUGAUCGUUAG